UUAAAGUCUCAUCUUUUGAUUAUUUUUGAAAAAUUCAAUCUUUACACUGCAUUUUUUCUUAAAAGUCUAAAUUACCUAUAACCGUUUAAACAAGUAAGUUUUUUAAUUUUCUUUCAUUUUCUAAUUUUUAAAACUAAAAAAGAAGGAAACAAUUCCAUCCCAUCUCACUACCUUCCACCAUCCCUUUCAACCUCUCCAACCUCGACCAUUAUCAUGCCCAACUUUCCCUCUCCUUACUACCUACCCUCUUUCACCACCACCACUCUAUAUAUGCCCUAUUCUGCAACCCUAACCAGCCCCCCUCCCUCCACCCCUAUUACUCUAUUAGACUAGCAUCCUUAUUUUAAAAAUUAUAUUUUCCUAUAAAUAAACAAAUCCCAUCCUUAUUUUCAUCACCAAAUUUCAUAUUCAUAUUUUACACCACAAAAACCCACAACAAAUAAACAAUGUCCACCACUUCCGAUAAUAACAACCACAAAACAACUCAAAUCUUCGUUUAUGGAACCCUCAAACAAGGUUUCCCAAACCACUACCUUUUAAAAGGCCUAUCCACCUCAAACGACGCCGUUUUCCAAGGCUGCUACAAGACCGUCAACUCCUACCCGCUUGUGCUUGGUCCUUUAGGAAUCCCUUUCUUGAUCAACAUCCCCGGGUCGGGUCACCGGGUCAAGGGAGAAUUGUACUCUGUUUCGGGUCAUGCUUUGGAAAAACUGGAUGAGUUGGAAGGAAUAAGUCGUGGACACUACGAAAGGCUACCAUUGAAGGUGGUGACGGAGGAGGAAGGUAACCCGCGGCUGAUACAAGUAGAGGCCUAUUUUGGGCACCGGAGUUUUGGGGAGGAAAUGUGGAAGAAAAUUGGGGAGAUUGGGAUGGGGGAGUACAUGGAUAAGGAAGGGGAAAAGUAUGUUAGGGUUAAGGAUCGAGAUGUUGGAUCAUCAUUGAUGGAUUACAUUCGGGUUUUUCUUCAAUCUGACGAUCCUUAUUCAACGAAUUAAUUUGGAUUAUGGAAUUAAAUAUAAAUGGUAUUCGUACAACUUCCAUUUUAUAAAAGAUUAGCAGUUUAGCAUUAGGAGAGAAUUGUGCUUAUAUUAGCGAUAUGAUUUAUGAACGGCAAUUUGACAGAUAUGAUCAUAUGAAUGGCAAUUUGUACGUUGUUUUUAUAGUUGAUGAUUAUAAUUUUAUUAUUCACGUACAAUAUAUAAUUUUAAUUGUUAAUUUUUUUAAUUUUCUAUGAUAAAAAUUCUAAAAACAUAUUAUGAAAAUAAACAUUAAAAUGAA